CCUCCGAGGCCCUGGCGAGGAGGAGGCGGCGGCGGCGGCGGGUCAGGUCAGCGCCAUCCUCAGGACGGUGAUGGCUAAAGGGCGAGGGUCCGGGGCCGGGGCCGGGCCGGGCAGCGCAGCCCGAGAGGUCGUGCUCAGAGAUUUUGCAAACAACACUGCCACAUUUAUACCAGUUGAUGAGCAUGAUGAAGAAAGUUGUGCGUUCAAGAAAAGCAACGUUUACAGAUUUAAACUUUGCUGUGUUGAAGAAGAUGAAGCAUUAUGGUCUGUUUCAAUUUCUAUAUUGUGCCCUGAACAAUGGGAAUCAGAUGGGAUUUUGUACCCCAAAACAGCAUGGCUCACAGAUGUAUUACUUUCAAAAAUUGUGAAAUGGUCCACGGAGAACAAAAAGAGCAUUUAUAAGAGCACUCUCUCUCUAAUUUCUCUGGAAAAAUAUAGCGAACGUUAUCACCAACUGAAAGAGAAAUACAAAGAAAUGGUCAAGGUUUGGCCAGAAGUUACGGAUCCUGAAAAGUUUGUUUAUGAGGAUGUCGCCAUUGCAACAUACUUAUUGGUUCUCUGGGAAGAUGAACGUGCAGAGAAAGACUUGGCUGUUAAACAGUCCUUUAUAGAUUUGGGAUGUGGAAAUGGAUUGCUUGUUCACAUCCUGAGCAAUGAAGGGUACCUUGGUAGAGGUAUAGAUGUGAGGAAGCGCAAAAUUUGGAAUAUGUAUGGUCCACAGACACAUUUAGAGGAACAUGCCAUUACCCCAAGUGAUAGCUACCUGUUUCCGGAUGUUGACUGGAUAAUUGGUAACCAUUCAGAUGAGUUGACACCAUGGAUACCUCUUAUUGCAGCAAGAUCGUCCUAUGAGUGCCGCUAUUUUGUCCUGCCUUGUUGCUUCUUUGAUUUCUAUGGAAAGUACUGCCGUAGGCAAACCAAAAAGACACAGUACAGAGAAUACCUUGAUUUCAUUAUUGAAGUGGGUUCUGUUUGUGGCUUUGAAGUGGAAGAAGACUGCCUUCGAAUCCCUUCUACUAAACGGGUGUGCCUGCUUGGUAAGCAGAGGAAAUAUCCCCCUUCCAGUGAAGGAAGACUGGAUGAAGAACGAACCCAGUACAUCAGAGGAAGACUCACUGGUGGGAAAAGUGCAGCAAAUAAUGAGAUGACAGCUCCUGAAUCACUACAUUCUCAUGACAUGAAGCAUUUUACCAGUGACAUUGGUGAUAUGAUGGAAGAAGCAUCUCUUCCAAUCGAUUCUUCUACAUCCAGCAAUUGGGUGGGUGGCUUCCAACCUAGAGAGAAGAUAGAGAAGGUUAAGAACUGUGCUACAUUACCCCGCGACUUUAUUGAUGGUGUGGUGCUUCAUGUGGCAAAUGCAUUGCUGAAUGCUAAUCAGGACCACCAGGAAAAAAGCAACGAUGAAGACAAGGGUUGCUGGAACAAGGGAGGAAGUCUGCCUCUGAAGAAUGUGGCAGGCCUUUUGGACAGAGAUGCAUUGCAGAGAUUAAAGAAGGAAUGUGGAGGUUUGAAGACUUUGUUGAGAAACAAUUAUCAGUUGUCCAGAGCAACGUUCAGAUUCGUGACUGGACAAAAGAGAAGCAAACAAGACGACCAGCAUCCAAUGCGAAAAGAAAAUUACCAUCUGAAGCAUGCAAGACACGUCUCUGCUGGUUUUUUGCAAAUCACCCUGAUGGAUGUCCUCGAAGCACAGAAAGAUGCCCAUUUGCACACGGAACAGAGGAGCUGAAACCUUGUGCAAACAGCAAAAAGGAAAAUUAAACUGGCCACUGGAAAUGAAAAUACUGUUCAUUUUAAUUAUUUUUUUCUACAGAUUUUUGUUCAUUAAAUUCUAUUAGUACACUUGCA